AUUGAUCGAAACGGCUGCGAAGAGAGAGAGAGACAUUCAGAUAGCAAAUCGAAUCUUGCGAGACGAAGAGAGAGAAGUGAUCUGGGGUUUUCUCUCGUUGACCCGAUCGGCUUGGAGGGAUAAGCUUAGAUGGCGGAUUCGUGUUUAAGAGGUGGUAAAUUCAGUGCACCAGGGUUUCGAUUUCAUCCGACUGAUGAGGAGCUGGUCAUGUAUUAUCUCAAGAGGAAGAUCUGUAAGAGAAAGCUCAGAGUCAACGCCAUCGGCGUCGUUGACGUUUACAAGUUGGAUCCCGAAGAAUUGCCUGGCCAAUCGGUGUUGAAGACGGGAGAUCGACAGUGGUUCUACUUCACUCCGAGGAGCAGGAAGUAUCCUAACGCAGCUAGGUCCGGUAGGUGCACUGCAACUGGGUAUUGGAAAGCUACUGGAAAGGAUCGAGUCAUAUCCUACAACUCUAGAUCUGUAGGACUCAAAAAGACUCUUGUUUUCUAUAGAGGUCGUGCUCCUAACGGUCAGCGAACUGAUUGGGUGAUGCAUGAGUACACCAUGGAUGAAGAUGAACUCGGGAGAUGUAAGAAGGCCAAGGAAUACUAUGCACUUUAUAAGCUGUUCAAGAAAAGUGGGGCUGGUCCCAAAAACGGUGAGGAGUAUGGUGCUCCUUUCCAAGAAGAAGAAUGGGCUGAUGAUGAUGAUAAUGAUAAUGGAGAUGAUAUUGAUGUACCUGUGGUUCGUUGUGAGGAUAAUGUUAGCCUUUUCGAACCUGUGAAUGUUCAGUUAGAUGAUCUCGAGGAAUUUCUCAGUGGAAUCCCAUUUGCACCUGGGGUUCCUCAAACAUUUACUAGUAUUCCCCAGGUUAGCUUCUUCUCUCUUUUAAUGAUUAAGAUGGUUAGGCACGUGUUUCCUUUACUUACUACAGAAGAUAAUUGUAACUCGCAGGUUAACAGGGAAGAAGAAUUGCAGAGCACUUUGGUGAAUAAUUCUGCUAGAGAGUUUCUUAAACCUCAGGAAACUGGAGACUUCUUGCCUAACGACAUGCCCUCGAGUUAUGAGUCUAUUGACGUCACGUCAGCUCCCAAUAACUCUGUUUUGGUGUUUGAGAAGGAGGAUUACAUUGAAAUGGAUGACUUUCUGACCCCUGAACACGGAGCUUCUUCAGUUGAGAACCAUGCACAGCUCUUGAACCCUGGUGAAUAUGGAGACUUUAAUGACUUUGACCAAUUGUUCCAUGACGUUUCCAUGUCUUUAGAUAUGGAACCUAUUCUUCAGGGAACUUCUGCGGAUCCGUUGAGUAAUUUUCCCGACAACACAUCCGACCAGGAACAUCCAUUCCCUUAUCAACAGUUCCAGGACCAGACCCCUGAGAAACAGCUAAACAACAUCAUGGAUCCUAGUCCAAAUCUCAAUCAGUUCAGUGAUGACCUGUGGCUUGAAGAUGAUAAUCAGGCUUUCCUCUUUGAUCAACCGCAGUCUGUUAUUUCUGGAGCAUUUGCUUCACCUUCAUCAGGUGUGGUGCCCGGUUCCACAAAUCUUGUAAAUGGCCAAGACCAAGAAGGUGUAAAUGGUGGUGGUGGAACGAGCCCAUUCUCAUCGGCUCUGUGGGCAUUCAUGGAUUCAAUACCUUCAACGCCAGCCUCUGCGUGUGAGGGUCCUAUUAACCGGACCUUUGUGCGUAUGUCUAGCUUUACCCGUAUCAAGUUCAGUGGAAUAGCAAAUGGAACGCCAGUGACUACUGCCGUAAUGGCAAAGAAGCGUAGCAGAAACAGAUGGUUUUUACUCUUAUCAAUUGUGGGUGCCUUGUGUGCCAUCUUCUGGGUGUUAAUGGCCACUGUUCAACCCUCGGGGAGGCCCGUCUUCUCGUGAAAGGUGGUUUCUUAAACCAGAUUCUUAGUUACAGGUGAGCUAGACGAAACCAUGAUCCACAUCAGUGGUCAUGGGAAUAUUGACCUAUUCUAAAUAUAUACGAGUCUUUGAAUAUGUACAGAGUUUGAAAGAGUAAAGAAUGUUCAUUCUUGAUUAGAAGAGUUUCAUUUCUGCUGAUUGUUAAA